CCCGGGCUUAGGCUGAGGCCUGCGACCCGGACGGACCUUCGGGAACUAGGAGGAGUCGGGAAUGGGGAACAAGGCGCAGAGGUGACGGCGUCGCCGCCCUGCCCACUGCAGGAGUCCCGCCUCCCCCUAACCUAGAAGGCCACUUGGGCCCCCGUCUGCUCUAUGCACAACCGCAUCGGGCUUAACAUGGCCGCUCUUGCUGCGACUGGCCGUGUGCGCAGAGAGCCGGGCGGAGGUCCGGAGCCAGGGACUGCUCCCGGCAUUCCUCGCGGGUGAGGCCUGGGCUCCCUCCCUCCAUUUCCGGGUCCCGCAAGAGGGAGACCCUCGGGCUUUGAGGGAGGCCUUUGGAUUGAGCACAUCAUCAGCAGUGGAAGGAAUUUAAUUGGGGUCCUGUCACUUUUGUGGAGCCUUAAAACAUUGGUCUGGGCCAUCCAUCACCGAUGGUAGCAUGGCCCAGGGCUUGAUUGAGGUGGAGCGAAAGUUCGUCCCUGGGCCUGACACAGAGGAGCGGCUGCAGGAGUUGGGGGGCACCCUGGAGCACCGGAUCACCUUCCAAGACAGCUACUAUGACACCUCUGAGCUGUGCCUCAUGAAGGCUAACCACUGGCUUCGGCAGCGAGAGGGUAGCGGAUGGGAGCUCAAAUGUCCUGGAGUAGCAGGUGUCUCAGGACCCCACACUGAGUACAGGGAACUCACAGCUGAGCCUGCAAUUGUGGCCCAGCUCUGUGAGGUGCUGGGGGCUGAGGGCCUGGGGGCUGAGGGCCUGGGGGCUGGAGGCGUGGCUGCUCUGCUGGGUCCGUUGGGGCUGCAGGAAGUAGCUAAGUUUGUGACUAAGCGGAGUGCCUGGAAGCUGGUCCUCUUAGGGGCUGAAGAGGAGCUGCCACUCAAGGUGGACUUGGAUACAGCUGACUUUGGCUACGCUGUGGGUGAGGUGGAGACCCUGGUACAUGAGGAGGCUGAGGUGCCAACUGCCCUGGGGAAGAUCCUCAGCCUCAGCAGCCUGCUUGGUGUGCCAGCACAGGAGAAGCCACCUGCCAAGUUGAUCGUGUACCUGCAGCGCUUCCGGCCUCGGGACUAUCAACUCCUGCUAGAAUCGAACAGCUUCAGAGAGAAGCUACAGGAAACUAAACAUCCAGACAGUAGCCUGGGCUAGGGAUGUCACUUGCUAGAGGGGGAAGAAAGCUCGGGGUCUAAUGGGGUUCACUCCUGGGCUCACUGUGCCUCUUAUCCUGGGUUCCCUUCCUACAGUGACUUCUCUGUCUCCAGCUCUGCCUGUUCCUUCACCUACUGAGCUACCUUCCUUCAGUCCUCCCUGGCUGCCUCUUCUCCCUCAUCCGUCAGAUGCAAUCUGUGGGCCGCCCCUCUCCCCUGGCCGCUAAGCAGCCUCCAUUGAUUUCUGCUCGUGUUUAUAGGAUUUCCACUUAGCCGUGAUCAGUAGUUAAGCACAGGAAAAUCCCUUGCCGCCUCCCCUCCCUUGGUCGAUGCCAUUGAUUCUGCCAGCGGCUCCUAAACCACCUUACAGCUGAGUUAGAGAUCAGGGGAGGCAGCAGGGAUUUCCUUGCCUUGGGGUGUGGGAAUAGCAGCAGGUUGGGGAAAUGGGUGGGAAUCACUGUUGGAAAUCUAAAAAUUCUGGUUUGAUUUUGCAAUUGUGCCCUGCUUUGGCCCCAGCAGGUGAGUACUUCCUGUGGAAGUUUGGGGACAAAUUUGCCCCCCAGGCUGGGAAGAAAGAAAACCCUCCUUGUAGAAACAGGUUUCAAAGGCUCGGGGAAGAUAACGUAAUUUCUGUGUAAGAACGCUUCUUCCCUUGUUGUUAUUCAUGCACAUUUUAUACCUCAAAUAUACCCAAAUAUGUCUCCCCACUCCUCUCAGCUUUUAUUGGGCUUUCAUUAUUUGUGGGGGAGGGGGGCAAGCCCCAUCGGUUUUUGCAGUGGGAUGCACAGAGCGAGCGCGCCACCUGCUGGUAACUCCAAGCUGCUGGAGCCCUGGGGCUUGGAGCAUAGGAUUUGAGGCUGUGGUUGGAGGCAGAGCCUGUUACUGCCAUGUCUCCAGGGGCAAGUUGUUCACCUCAAAGAUCUCCUGCACCGACUGCCCGAAGUGGUUGUAGGUAAGGCGCAAUUUUAGCCGCAAGGGGGCCUAGGAACAGAAGAGCAGAGACCAGGGUUAGCACCUGUGACUUCUCCCUCCUCUGGGUCUUAUCUCUGGGGGCCUCUGGACUCACCUUGUUGGGAUUGAGGAUUCUGAGGAGCUGCGUGAUGGGAAGGCCGCCCUGAGCUGGAACUGUGUCCCCACUAGGGGCCUGGAGCUGCAGCUGGAUACUCUGAGCAUAGGAGGUUUGGGCAGAGCACAGUAAGGCAGCCAGCUGGGCUUGGGCAACCCUCCACACCCAAUAGUUCAGACCCUUUUCCCUAACUCCCCAAUGCUUGUGUCUGCACACCACUCCCUUGCCAUCUCACCCUCUCCCACCCCCUCUUCCAUUUAAUGGCCUCUUUUCCUGGACUGCCCAGGCCACCUCUGAACUCUGGUUUAAUACAAACCUUGGGUACAGCGGCCUGGCAGACAAAGUGGGUGACAUCACUCCCUGAGGAGUUGGUGGCAGUGGCAGUGAUUAAAAGCAAAGCAGGGAUUUCAGAGGGUCGAGCAAAAGACAGAUUCAGCUGUAGUCCCUCACGCUCAAACACUUUGACAUUUGGGAUGGGAGCUAGAGUAAGAAGAGACGGGCAGCUCAGCAUUUCCUCUGGAAUAACAAGGUCAUUCAUUCAUUCAACAAAAAUCAACUGAGUACCUACUGGGUAGAGGGCACUAAAGAUGCUAAUGACAGAGUGGACAAGAAAAUGAGGUCCCUGGCCUAUUGGAGCUUACAGUCUAGUGGGGGAGGAAGACAGUAAAUGAAAACAAACAAGAUAAUCAAGGACUAUAACAGAUGCUAUGAAGGAAAUUAUGCCAGUGUACCUGGGAAGACCUAACUUAGAGAGGGGCGAUAGGUGAUGGCAUCUGCCAUUUUAGCUGAGACCUGAAGAAUGAGAAUGAGCUGAUCAUGUGAUGUGCUGGAAAAGACCAUUCAAUGUAAAAUGAAAUGCCGAAAGCUUGAGGUGAGAGGGCUUGAGGAGCUAAAGGGGCCAGUGGAGCAUGCAGUGGGAAAGUGGCAUGAGAUGAGGCUGGGGAGGAAGCAGGGCUUUGCAGAAUCUAGAACAAGGGAAGACACUGAAGGGUGUCCAGGAGAGAAUGGGCACAAUCUAUAACACUUUACCUUCUGAGGGGAGGUGCAUAUAGGAGGGAAGAGGGUACAUGAACCCCAGUCCCUGGCUAAGAAGCAGCAACACAUUCCCACCUCUCCUUCUCUCAGCUCCAGCCUUCCCAGACAUCUCCUUGCCUUUGCUGAGACUUACCCAGGGCUGGAGGAGCACAGGGCAGGUCAAGGAGGUGUACUAAGGUACCUCCUGGGGAGGGAUCUAGAGGAGGAUGCUGGGAGUCCCCAGAAGUGCCAUCCAGGAGAUCUAACAGAUCCAAGAGCUUUGAAGCCUGGGGAAAAGGGUACAAGGGUCAGGCCUGGGUAUGGACACGGGCCUAGUCCUCAUUCCAGAGCUUCCACCCGCCUCACCUGGGGCUCUGUGGGGACAGGGGCUGCUUCUGAAAGCCUGGCUUCUUUGCUUUCCUCUGCCUCCUCAUCAACCUGAGGGCCACCUCGCUCCAUGAGAGGCAUCUUUUCAAGGAUGGCAGCCCUGAAAGGAUGGAGUACAAGUGCGUCCCCUUGGAAUACCAUCUUUGUGGACCCCGGGCCUUUCACAAGAGGCAUCUUGGAGAAGGGGCAAGAACAUGGAGAGCCCUGGGCACAUGGCAAGUCAGAAGUGCCCCUCUGAUUUCCUCAGAUGGCACACUGCUGCCGGUUUUCAGAUGAGCUAGGGGAGUUGGAAGCCAGCUUAGCUUCAGUGAACUGCAGGUGGGAGGCUCUCACCCAGGAUGAGGAAGGACAUUGGUUAGGGUGAAACUCUUGUACCCAGAAAGGUGCAUUUAGGGAGAGGGCGGGGUUUGGGCCCCACGCUGAGGCAGAAUGCCAAACGCACCUCAUGUGGUCGUACUUCCGGAAAAGUGUGUUAUACUCCACAGCCCGCUGCUGCAGUUCCACAUCUAGACAGCUCCCGUAGAUGGAUACCACCUGCCGGAUGCGGCUGGGCCACAGUGGUGUGUUUAAGUGGGAACAGGAGUCCACCCUGCCCUUCAGCUCCAGGACAUGGCAGGGGAGAGACCCCACAGAGCAAGGAGGUACCUGAGAUACUUGGCUCAAAAGCAAGAGCCUAAGGAUUGGGGGGAGUAGGGGGUGUGUGCUGGAGAGAAGUUCAGAAACUCGUGGGCACAGUGAAACGGCAUCUCUUACCAGGGGCUCCAAGAGGGGGACCUGUGGCAGGGGCUAGGACCCCUUCUUACUUGUUGUCCCCACGGAGCCGGGUGCUGAGCUUCAUGAGGGCUGUGAGGGCAUAUCCUCGGGUGGCUGGCAGGGACAUAUGGGACUGCAGCACCUUUUCGAGCAGCACCAACACCUCUUCUUCCUCCACCUUCCGAGGUGGACACAGGCAGUGACCCCAAAAGCUGGCCCUGCCUCCCCUGAGUCCCUCCCUCAGUGUACCCCCAAUGCAGGGCUCACCUGAAGAGGCUCAGUUUCUUCACAGCUCCCCUCCAACAGAAGGUCCCCGUACUCCCCGAUGCACCAGGCAGCUACCUGUACCAGUGGUUGCUGCAUGGGAUGAGAAACACUGCUGGACCAGUGUAUGGUGAGGGUUGGAGGGGUGUGGAAAGGGACAGGCCUUGGCACUGAGAGCAGUUAAGAGUUUUGUCACCUGGCUCUGUCCUGGCAACUGGGCGCCUACCGCCCUCUGGUGGCCAAGUUUUGCAACUACAAGACCUAACCACACAGGAUGCAGGUGGGCAGAGUACCUGGGAGAUGUCCUCUGCCAGGGCGCUGUAGAGGCGGCAGACAGAAUAGGCGUGUAGCUCCUGGGCUCCCCCAAUCAGCUGGGUCAGGUUGGCUACUGCAUCAUCCCGCACAUGGGUGCCUGCCUGAGGGUGGGAGUGAACAUGGCCAAGCCAGUGUGGUAAGCUGCGUAUUCCCACCCAGCUCACUCGGGCCAGAGCCCACCUCACCGUAGUCAGCACGUGCAGGAUAGUGUCUAUGUGCCACCGCUUGGUUGGGGCAAACCUGGGGGACAUAUGACUCAUCAGUCCUGGCACUUACCCUCCCCAAAUUCUACCCCCUCUGCCUCCUGGGCACCCGUCACCUCACCUCUCUGCUGCUAAUAGGAUGCCUGACGCACAGUCAGCCCGUAGAUCAGGGGGACAGGACUCCAGAAAGCCCUGGAGCUCCCGUGUCAUGGAUCGCACAUUGGAGCUGUUCACCAGAGCCAGGCUCAAUUCCAGGGCCCGCCUGAUAGAGAAAUACAAGUAUCUAUGUAAAGCAACCCAGGUCACCCCCUUCCUAUCUCAGGCCCUCCCCUUUCCCAGGCAUCUGUCCCCUUAGCUGCCUCACUCAGCUGCUCUAACCUGGCUUGGGCCUUAGCCGCCAGGUGCCGGGCCCUCUUAUCCCCUCCAGCCCCGCUCACCGGCUGAGGGAGGUGUCAGGUUCCUGCAGACAUUCCACCACAGUGGACCGGUGCCGCUGCACAGCACUGUGAUCAGACUGCACCAGCCGCAGCAACGACGUCAGGGCUACGUACCUGGUUAGCGUGGGAGAGACCCUGGCAUGCCAUGGCUGUCUGCUACGUACCUGGUUAACAUGAGAGACCCUAGCAUGCCAUGGCCAUUGGCUACGUACCUGGUUAGCAUGGGAGAGACCCUACCACGCCAUGGCAAUCGGCUACGUACCUGGUUAGCAUGGGAGAGACCCUAGCAUGCCAUGGCCAUCGGCUACGUACCUGGUUAGCAUGGGAGAGACCCUAGCAUGCCAUGGCCAUCGGCUACGUACCUGGUUAGCAUGGGAGAGACCCUAGCAUGCCAUGGCCAUCGGCUACGUACCUGGUUAGCAUGGGAGAGACCCUAGCAUGCCAUGGCCAUCAGCCUCCACUCCCUAUGCUGUCCUGGGUACAGGGUAAAAGCAGAUCAAGGGACUCUGGGAAAAGGAGGGCAGAGGGUCUGGGACUCAACAGCACAGACCCAGCCAGACACUAGGACUAUUACCUAAUGUUCUUGUCACUGUUGAGUAGGAAGCGGCCAAGAAUAUUGACGG